GCUUUUACAGCCAUUUGCAAGCGUGGAAAAGGACAUUAAAUUUACUCAAUCUUCCUUUAUUUGUGAACAUUUUAAGUCAAGACCAUGCUGUAGUGUUUUGAAUAUAACAUGUUAAACACAGAUAAAACAAACCUUCACUGAAUUAUCCAUUUAGAAAAAAAUCUUAAAGGUGAAGGACAAAGGAUAUACAAGUCAGCAGAGAAUUCAGAAUAAGAAAUAUUUAUGGAGGAAAACCAGCAGAAGUCAAUAGGUCAAAAGAAGGAAUUCCAUGAUGUCUACAAGGAUUUUUUAGACGCUAAAAUUAAUGUUCGAAAAUUAACUUCAAAUGAAAUUGUAAAGCAUACCCAAGGGAAACGCUAUUCUGAUGGAGAAACUGUAGAUGUACACAAGAGUAUUAUUGAAAUGCAAAAUCAGACUAAAAAACUUGAUCCGUUCCCUAACACAAUAAAGUCAGAAUCUGAUGAUAACAUACAAGAUAUCGCACCAAAACUCUAUUCAGUGAGAACACAAGCAGAAAGCAAAAAUCCAUUAGAAUCAUGUCAAACAAGAAGGAGUGGAAGAAAAAUAGUUCCUUCUGCAAAAGUUUUAGAGGCAUCUGGGCAGUCUGGAAAAAUGGCAAAAUCUCUGGAUAAAAAUGAAAGCAGUGAAAAAGAAUCACGUAAGAUGGCUACACAGAAAGGACAGAAACAGACCUGUACUGAUAAUUUGACACAUGAUCUUGUUCCUCCAGAAAAACUAAUUGGAACAACAAAACACAUUAGUAAUAAUGAUAAAAAGCACUCAAGCCCUAUAAAUGAUGGCAAAGGAAAAGGAAAACAGAAGAAGGUAACAACACCAUCACAUACAAAUGAAAAAGAGAAGACAAUUUUGACCGGUAAAACUAAAAAUGUUGAAAAAGAGGAAAAUUCAGGGUCUACUGCAAAAAGAAUUAAGCUUCAAGUUAGUAAAACAGAGGUAACAAAACAGCCUGAAACAACACCUAUACGUACAAGUGGCAGGAAGAAAGUUUGUUCGGCAAAAAUGAAAAUGGCAAUAAGCUCUGAAGGAACAGAUUUGCAAAUGAAACGUUUCCUUCAAAAACGUGAUACAGAGCCAGAAAGUGGUAAUUUAAUUGAGAAAACUUGUGAUAUGGAAGUGGUAGAAAAUUCUAAAAAGAAACAACAAAAAAGAGCAACUCGCUCUGCUAGACAAAAACAACAGGAAAACACAAUUGAUCCUACAAGCAAUGAAAAACCGGGAAGUUCAACAAAUGAUACUAAACAUAAACAACAAGAAACUACAUCUGCUCAUACCAUGCCAAAUAAAGUAGGAAAUACAACUGAAUGUACUGUACCAAAACGACAACUUUCAACUAGGAGAAAAAAAAUAGAGGAUACAUCCAAACAGCAAGAAAGUAUAACUGAUUACACUGCUCAAAAACCUGUGAAAAGUACAUCUGGUUAUAUAAGCCCAAAAAAUGAAGAAUGCAAAUCUGUCGAUUCUAACCCAAAACAACAAGGAAGUCCAGCUGACACUUUUACACAAGACAAACUCAAAAAUAAGAGUGAUAAUGAUGAAUUAAGCACCGAAUGUGCAAGUCAAAAUGAUUGUGAUUAUGAUGAAUUAAGCACAGAAAGUGUUAGUCAAAAACUAUCUUUUACCACACUUGAAAAAGAUGUUGCUGAAAAUAAGAAAACAAUUCUUGAAAAGCUCAACAUGAUCAUGAAUGAAAAAAGAAACAAAUUCCUUGCUCUGCAGCGUAAAUUCAAAGUAGCUAGACAGACAGUACUUAAAGCUAACAGCAAAGGAAAGGAUGUUGAGAAAAUAAAAUGCUGUGUUUGUAAGAAAUCAUUUAAGUUCGGGAACUAUAUGUGCGAACAUGGGCGAUCUUUUAUUUAUCAUCAUGCAUCUGUGUGUGAAGAAUGUGGAAGAAUAUUUCGAAAUUCUACACUUCUGAAACGUCAUGUUCAGCGAAUUCACUAUGAAAAAUCAAUGAAAUGUAAAACUUGUGGCAUCAUGUUUGGAUUGGAUGGUGAUCUUAGAAGACAUAUGGAGCGAGUUCAUAAAAUCAAAGUGUCUAAACAUCAAAAUGAUGCUGAACUUAAGAAAACAUAUGAUCAUGACUACAUAAUGGGGGAGGAUACAGAAAAAGAUUUACAAGAGAAGAAAUAUCUAUCAAUAGAUAGGUCAGAAUCAAAAUCAUUUUAUAGCUCAAUUCCAGCAGACUAUGUUAUCAAAAGUGGAGACAAGUGUAUUUGUAAAAAAUGUGGUAUGGUUUUCUCAUCAGUGUUAAAUUUAAACUAUCAUGCCUACAGGAAACAUAUAAAUGAGAAGAAAUUUUUUUGUCAGGACUGUAACAAAGGAUUUACAUUAUCAAAAGACUUAAAAAGUCACACUCAGAUUUGUCAUUCACAAAAUCCUCAACAAUGCAGCAUUUGCUGCAAAAAAAUUAUAACAAAACGUGGUUUAAGAGAUCACAUGGAAAGAUAUCACAAGGAUUCUUCAAUUUUUGCGAUGCGAUAUCAGUGCUAUUUAUGUGAAAAAAGGUUUGGAUAUACAAAGGAACUUCAGGAUCACAUAAAUGUGUGCCACACUGCAAAAAAUGAUUGUUAUUUUUGUGGCCAAAAUUUGGCCACUUCACGGGGCUUGAGAAAACAUAUGGAAAGAAUGCAUGGAAUUGAAGAAACCAUGCAUGCAGAUGAAUUUGUUUCAUUUGAAAUUAAGAGCCUUGAAGUGAAGAAGAAUUUUUUAGCUCAGGAAAUAAAGCCAGAAGAAGCUAUCACAUUUAUUGAAGAGAAUUUGGGAAAUUCACCCAUAAAGGAGAGUUCCUUCAGAAACAAAGAAGAAAAGGAGAGUUGGCAAAUCAGCAGCGAAAUUGAAGUAAAACCAUCUAGUAGACCAAAAAGUAGAAAAAGACAUCAAAAACAAAGUGUUAAUGAAACUGAAAUGAAACCAUCUAGCAGCCAGAAAAGUGGAAAAAGACAAAGAAUACAAAAAAUUAAUGAUCCUUCAGGAAAUUCAGGUGGUUUUUAUAUUCGUGAACACUGUGGGGCUACAAAAUGCAAAGCAUCAGAGAAACAUGUUAAAGAGGCACAUCAGUUUCCAGCUUUAAACUGCAACUUCUGUGGUAUUCUCUUCUAUUCAAGACAGAAAGCAAUUUUCCAUAGGAAGCAGUUUCACCCAACCAUGGGUCGGAACGCAUUUUGUUUCACAGAGGUAACAACUAAACCUAACAUGACAAGUUCCACUGCCAAUAUACCAUUUCAAGGAGAGAUAAAUGAAAACCAGGAUAAAUGUAAAUCAGUUGAAGCUUUGGAAGUAGAUACUAGAGAAUCUACUCCUCCAAAAGUUGUAGCCGUGGCAGUUCGCUCACCUGAUGAACUGAAAAAUCAGAAUGGAAAUUUUAAAAUGAUUAAUUUUGGAGAUGAUAAAUUGGACAAAUUUUUGGAGUGUGACAAGCAAGAUGACACGGUACUUAUAGCAAGGAAAUAUCUUUCACCAGUGAAAAAAGUUGUAGCAGGAGAACCGUCAGAGGAAAAAAAGAUGAAUCCUACUCAUACUAAACUAUUUUCUAUAUUAAGUAAAGGGAAAUUAAAGCAAGAUAUGGAUAAAGUGAUUAAAAAAGAAAAUGCAAAGCUUCAUGAAGAAGCUCUUUUGAAGGAAAAUGAAGAAAAAGGAAAAAUUGAAUUAUUGCAUAGUGCAGGUGUUACUGAACAAGAUGCUUUGUUACUCCACCAUUUUGGAAGUGUAAACAGAAAUUUUGAAAAAGAUUCAGACCAGAGCCCUUUGAAAGAUUCAGAAGUCUCAUCAGAACUUUUAAAGGAGGCUAAUUUACCUGGGGAGGACCUUUUAUAUCAGGUAGAAGAGUUGGCAGAAGAAGACUCAAAACUAAUCAACACUAUCAAUGCCUCUUUAGUAGCAAAAGAAGUGGUUAUUAAAGCAGAGAGUACUACCAAUGAUAAAAUAGUGAAAAUGACAAGAGAAGAUAUUCUUAAAAGGUUUGACGAAACUAAUACAUUUGAAAAUAGGAAAGUCACUGGACAAAUUAAUUCUGGUAAAGAUGUGGUAAUAAUGAAAAAACAUGUAGUUAUUCAGACUGAUAAAAAAUGUACAUUGUCUGUUAAAACAGAUGGCCAAGGUAAUAAAUCCAUAAUUACCGCAGCCCCAGAAUCGACAAAUGCUACACAAAAUGAUGUGGAGAUAUCAUAUAAAAACUCAACUUACUUUAAAGAAGAAGACUCAUUAGACAACAAUGAAAAUGAUCAUCAAGAUAAAGAUGAGAAGAAUUUAGUAAAAAUACAUCAGAUUAUUAAUGUUCCGAAAAAACUUGUUCCACCAUUUCAAGCAAAAAUAAAUUUACCCAAACCUGAUCAAGAAGUACACAAUACUGUUGUAUAUCUACCAAAAAAUAUCAAAUCAGUGGACAUGACAGUUGCUAACAUGGAUAACGAUGAUGAAGAUGUAUAUAUUCUGUUUGUUAUGUAACAUUUUCUUAUUAUACAUUUGUAUAUUUAUGUGUCUGCCAUAUAGAAGUCUAACAUGUCUUAGGUAAUUUAUUUGUAAUGGGGAUUUUCAUUGAAAAAAUACAUAUUUUAACAUUUCAUAUGUACCUGCUAAAAUAUUCUGUACAAUCUCCGAUUGAAGCUCCCUUUUAUCUGAAAACUAUUUUAACAGGCUUAAUUUUUCAUUUGCUUUAGAAUUUGAUUAACCAUACUAAUAAUGUUUUAAAUAUUUGCCUUGUCAGUCCUUGUUUUUACAGUCAUUAAUAAGAUUUUCCUCCAUUUGACAGCUGAAAGUGAGAGUCCAAUCAAGUAUUGACAUUAGCAAGUAUAAAAAUUCAUUCAAUAAAGAUGUUCCUUAAACAUACAUUUAUAAAGGUAACCAUUGUGAGCCAUUCUCUAAUACAGUCAGAUAUUACAGUCCAACUUUUUUUUGGUACUGGUGAAUAAUUUAGAGGUAGAGUUAUCCCCUAAGCAUUUUUAGCUAUUCUGAUUUAUUUAGUUUUGUAAGUAUAUAAAAAUGUCCUUUUUUUUAAUUAAUUAACAUAGCCAUGAUUGUAUAGUGUGUCGAAUGAACUUUAGUUGACAGGUGCCUUAACUGCUCAUAACUCAUAAAAUUUGAAUUUGAUUGACAAUGAAAAUCACAUGUGUCUCAAUCAGGACAACAUUUUCAUUUUCACUCAUGCUAUUUUUCAGAUUUUAAUGUAAAAAAAACCAAUAUUUUGCAUAAUUUUACUGAAUUUUCUGUCGUUUUUAUUUUGAUUGCUGAGUAACCCAUGAUGAUAUACUGUAUAUCUGGUUUUUUUCGCUUGUAUUCAAUUUUUGCUUUGUUCGCGGUAGCUAAAGAAACGCGAAAAUUUGACCCAAGUGAAUUUCCCUGCUUAUUCCAAGAUGUAUUAAAAUUUAAAAGUUUUAGACAUAAUACUGUUAAUUAUGGAGUCUUGUGUUGUUCAACAGAUCACAAGAAUGAGCAUACUUAAUUAAAAUCUUUGUUUUCAUAAUUAAAUUGGCUUAACAUACGUUUCAAACCUUUUGACAACACAGCAAUCAGAUGCUUAUUAGUGGCGAGCUUUUGUAUAGAUUGGUGUCGUAACCCAAGCAAUUGCCAUUUAAUGUAAAAAUAUAAAAAAAUUAAUCACUUUUACACGGAUAUUUGUAUAUCUGUAUUAAUCGAAACCUUCAAUUUUUAGCAUGUCUCAAUGUGCAUAAUUUACGUACCUUAAAAUUUCUCUGAAUUGUGUACUUUCGUUUGGUUUACUCGUAUAUAUUUGUGAUGAUUACCUAUCAGUCAAUCAAUUUUGUGUUACAUUCAUCUUUAACAUUGCGAUAUAGUUAUAUUUUCGCGUGUGUUUUCCCAUUCAGCGAAAAUUAUACACAGUGAAAAUUUACCCUGCCCAUUUUGUCAUGAAAUUGCGAAAAAAAACGAUAUACGGUAUAUAUUAUUAACCAAAACUACAAUUUUCUAACAAAGUACCUAUAUUCAACAUAUGAUUUAGUAAAUAAUUUGACUUCAAAGAGCCCAAGCAUCACCCAAAAUAAUUUGUUUGUAGUGAAUAGAUACAUAAUCUAUGCAUAUUGUUUCAAUAUCGUGCAGUACAACAGUUGUGUUCUUUAAAUAUUAAUUAUUAUGAUCUUUAAGUCAAAUAGUCAGGAAUUUGCAUUAUUUCGUCAUUUCACUGAUUUAAGAUCAAAGAUCAUUUAUUUUCUAUCAUUAAAACGGACAUUUAUGUAUCAACAACAUAUAGUUUUUUAAGAAAAAUCUAUGGAUUCGAAAUUGGAGAUUUGAUGAUUUUAAGACAAAUUUAAGAACGUUUUUCGUUGAUUUUAUGUGCUUUCUAUACACAUGUUCACCUAUUUUGAAAGAUUUCAAUCAGUAAUAUUUCAGACAAUAAAAAAGAUAAAUGCAUUAUCUUUCAUUUUCAGUUGUAGUUCAACGAGCCAAAGUUGUAUGAAAAUUAUUAUCAAAAUCUGUGACAUAGCCCUUUUACUGUAACUUGACCUUUAAUGCCAUUAGAAUGUACAGUUUAAACCAAAACUGCCUUUUUUUUUUUAUCAAAGUACUUAUAGAUUUAACAUUGGAUUCUGAAAGUAAGCAAUAAUUUAAAACAUACUUGAUUUUAGGUGCCAAUUUGGCCCUUAAUUGCACCUUCCAUUUUACACUAUUUUUCACAAGGAAGAUGAAAAAUGAAAAAAACAACCUGAAGUAAUUAUUUUUUUUACAGUUGCAAGCAAAUUUAUUGAAGUUAAAUCCUUAUUACAUGUAAUAUGUAUGAUAUACUAAUUGUGUGCUCAGUCAUUUAUUAGAAAAAUUAUUCAAUAUUCGUCUUGUAUCUCAAAGUUUACUCUGAAUUUAUUAUUAAGUAAGCACAAUCUUCAUACGUAUUAAACUAUCAUUGUUCUCAAUUUGAUGGCACAUGAUAUGAUACACAUUUUGUUGUUUGUUUUAUACAAUUGUUUGAUUAUACAAGUUGAUUUAUAAUACAUAUAUAAGUAAGCAAUGAAUGUGGUUGUUAAAUUUGAUAGAUGCUUUUUGUGCUUCUUUGUUAAAUGUUUGUUUGUUUUGAGAUUGUGACACAGUGAUGACUGCUGUACCCAUAUUUUGACAAUGUUUCCUAUUAUGUCUGUUUUGUUCACGCAUCAUUGUAAAUAUAAUGGAAUUCGAUGCGAAUGUCAUACAAGUGAGAGUUUAGAGCUAUAAAACCAGGUUCAAUCCACCAUUUUCUACUUUUGAAAAUGCCUGUACCAAGUCAGGAAUAUGACAGUUGUUGUCCAUUCGUUUGAUGUGUUUUAUCAUUUGAUUUUGCCAUUUGAUUAGGGACUUUCCGUUUUGAAUAUUCCUCGGAGUUCAGUAUUUUUGUGAUUUUACUUUUUGAUCUGCUGUUAUCUUAGUUUCAUUUAUCAACAUCCAAUACUACCUUUGUUAUAUCAUAAUUUGUACUAAAUGUACUAAAAUCAGCAGAAAAUGUUCUUGACAGACCUCUAGAUAUUAUUGUUAUUUCAUACUUUGUUUGAUUCAUGUCUUAAAUUGAAUAAAGUUUUCAUACUUGU